UCGGUUGCCACAACAACCAGGCCCAAACACACCAAGCGCACAUGCUUAACGGCGCUCAGUUGUCUCCUUUCUACCGGGAGGCAAAGAUUUGCUGCUUUGUGAAAACUCUGAAGCCAGCCACCCAAUGUUGCAAUAUUUGCACACGUCUUAGGUGCCAGAUUUUGUGUGGAAUUUUGCUACUUUCACCUGCUGAUGCAAGGAGAAAAUGCCCUUUAAAUGCUUUCAAAAGCGUUCCCUUAACAAAUCCGGGCUUUUGGAUUCCUUAAACGGCCAGCGCUGGCGUUUCCUGAAAAAUGGCUUGGACGAUUUCAGGGACGGUUUCCCUCCUCCUUGUGACAACAUUGUCAUCCGACGCCCAAAGGAGCUCACCCCUAUUAUUCUCCCUAGUAAACCUGAGGACCUGGGCAAAAUGCAACAGAGGGCCAAAAGGACGCUGACCAAGACCCAGAGAAAGACCUCCAAAAUCAGCCCAAAUCUGCAAGCCAGAAGAGACUACAUUGCUCAGCUUGAGUAUUGCCUUAGCCAGCACCCCUUAGCCCUCUACCCUCAUCUGGAAGAAAGCAUUCCCCCAGAGCUUUUCAAGGAAGUUCUAAGCAUCCUGGACCCAGAGAUGCUUCCGAUGAAUGAAGAUGCUGUUGCUGAUGCUGACAUUACACAGGAGCACCCAGUUCCCUCUGCAGUUCCCUCUCAGUUGGAGGACAAAAGAAAGAAGCAAUCAGGGGCCAUGCUCAUUGGCUGCAAGGAUCCCAAAGGCAAGGACCCUUACAAGUGGUUCACUAAAACGGAAAUAGCAGCAAGAGAAAGAGAGGCCAGGAUGAAUUAUGUCCCUCCCGUCGGCGAGAACGUGAAACAAGCUGCGAAGGAGUUCUGCAGGUGGUUUGAUUCUCUGGGUGGAGAGAAAUACGACAUUGAUGAAGCCACCAUUAUAAGCCUCUUUGAUACAAAUUACAAAACCAAGCCCCCCUUGUCUGGCCCGAUACACGUUGAGGAGCUGAACUAUUUGCCUGCUGAGUUGCGGAAGUAUGUAGGGAUGCCAUCUCCCCAGACCACCCUGAGAAGCGAUGCUCAGCAAGGGAGCCAUUCCAAGGAAUCUUGUCAAUCCAAGUCUGAGAAGAUCAGGUAUGGUGCCUGGUACCUGGACCCAAAGACUUGGAAGAAACAGAAACCUUUAGAAGAUCCAAAAGCAAAAGACAGAAGGUCCAGGAAUUCAAAGAGGGCAUUGGGUGAAAAGGAUAUGGAGAUCAUGCAGCUUCAUGGAACGUACGCUUUUAAGGAAUUCCUUGAAGGAAAAGGCUACCGGAUCCCAGAUUUCUUGCAGCAGAUGCUGGCUAUAGAAGCAGCAGCUGGACCAAGAGUGGGGGCCCUGGGACGCUCCAGGAAUGAACUUCAGAAGUGUGAAGAGCCCGUGGAAGAUUUUGCACCAACAAUGGGGAAUUAAUAUAAAAGCUUGGACUUA